GUCAAGUCUUUAUCUAAAUUUUUGUUUCACUGUGAGACUAUACCAUUAUCCCUCUCACACUAAAUCACAACUACUACAUUCACUACUGCAUAUAUUCUAUACAGCCCCAGUCCUUCACCAUGGGCCUCUUUACCAAAACCAAAGACCAAACAUCCCAUUCUCAGCACGAAAACGGCCAAAAAGAUACCAAAGACAAGAAACCUCUCCCCGAUCCCUCCUACACAUGGGGUAUCACGCCGACCGCAGAACACAUGUCCACCGACCCGUACAUGGACAAGAACCACCCCGUGCAUAAGAUCCCGUUGGAGAAGCAGGAGAAGAUGCGCAAGAAGGGAAUCAAUCCCGCCGCUAAGGCGGAGAUGGACGAGGCGUUGAAGGGGGAAGGGGGGUUCUGGGCUAAGUUUGCGGGGACGAGUAUGGGUGGGGGGUGGAUUAAAUGA